GUAAUAGCUGAGAUGUAACUUGUGCACACCAAAAGAAAUUGUUCUUGUUGACAACAGCAGGAACCAGGUUGUCUCCGUUGACAUCGGAGUGUGUCCUUGUUCUCUAGCUCUGCGGCGAUGCUCACUCAGUGUCCGACACGGAUAAAGUCCAUUUGAGUCAGAUUUCCCCACUAUUUUGUCUGACAACCUUGAAGGGCGUGAACUACACACCACAUGAGACAGGCCCAGUGAAGUCACAUCCUGGGGCGAUCAGGCAAAUCCAGGUUCCCAAAGAAAAAAUGCCGAAAAGCAUACGUUCCAUAUUAGGAAAACCAAAUCGCGUUACCAAAGCCUCUCGCCCGUCUCCCGCCAGACAGCCAAGGCCAAGCGGAUCACCCGUCAAGGGCCGCAAGCCGAAGGAUGAAGAAGCAGAGCUCUUCCAGGACAAGCUCGACGACCUGGGCCUGACCAAAAUACUGGAAGAUGAGUUGACGCUGCGCGAUGUCAUCCAGGCAAUGCGGUAUGUCCGGUCGCGCAUGUUCAGCCCCGUUCCGGCAACAGGCCUCAACUCCACGCGAACCGCCGAGGUGCUCAACUACCGAGUCGCCGCCGCGCCCAUCGUUACCGUCGGACAUCUCAACGCCAUCUUGAACUCACCGUCCAAGGUGUCUCGGGAGAUGGCUGAACUAACGGGCAAGGGUAUCGUGAGGAGAGUGAGGGUGGAAAGACGUGGUGGGAUGGGAGAGGCUUUGAUCGAGACGGCCGACCUGUCUGGGAUGCUUGACAAGGCUCAACUGGGAGAGGAGACGAAGAUGAAGUUUACGGCAUUCUUGAAGGAGAAUCCUACAGCUCAGACACUCCCCAAGGGCGUAUUGGAGAGCAGCCAUGCGGAUGAGCUCGUCCGGGCAGGAUUCCUUACCGGCUCUACGCCGUCCAAUCCGGGAAACACCCUCGACGUCCGCCCCGAGGAUCGCACGACAAUGAUGUCCAUUCAGCACGUCUCCCGUUUUGCAUCCGGUAGCGUCUCUGCCGUAGGAGGCCGCAAUGCCAUCCACCUCGCCGGUGGCGGCGGGGGAGCCCCAACACUUACGUACGCGGCAUCGCUGGACGCAUCACCGGCGGCGUUCCGGCUCGCGGUCCCGGGCCACGGACGGUACCUGAAGCUGGCGAACGCCGCGGUGGACUGGGUGCGGGCCGCGCUGGGGCGGACCAAGUGGGGUGAAGGCCCGGAGAGCUGGUUACAGGAGCGGUUCGAGGGCGGUGGGCUGUACGGGCCGCGAUGGAAGGAGUUCUGGGGAGUAGAGUGGGAGUGGGUACUGGGUGAGGCGGUUGGGCUCGGGGUUGUCGAGGUGUUUGAGACGGGGAGUGUGGGGAGGGGAGUGAGGGCCUUGGGACCUUAGGAUAAAGGCGUUCGUGCUUGAUGGAUAUGACUAUGAUGCAGGAUGGGUAAAUGUUACAGAGAUAUACGAGGUUGGAGUUACAAAAGAGGAGGGAAUGUCUAAACGAAACCCCGGAUAGCAUAGAAGGGAGUUGUUAUGCAAGGUUCACAUCUUCCGUCAAGCAGAGUAGAUAGCUUGUAGAAGAAAACGAAGCCUUGAGCUCUCUAAAGAUAUAGACUGGACGGAGAGCAGUCGUGAAUGCUAGGCCCUAUACGAAGGCUGGUGUAGGAAGUUUGGCAACUUCAAUGUUAUCUAGGUAGCCCCCAAC